UACAAAGAAGCGUCUUAGCGCGGAGUAUAUUCUACUAUGACGCGGUGAGCUUUAUCCCACUAUUCCAUCUUGCUACUUUCGUAGGUUAUCGAUAUAAAAAAUGUAACAUUGAAACAAUUUUCUGGUCGAUUAUUUUAUAUUUUGCCCGAUAGAUGGCACUGUUUUACGUGGAGAAGGAAUCCGCUGAAAUAUUGAAUAAUUGAUGUAGGAAAGGUACACAGAGAAUCUAGAAGAGUGGGAGAAGGAAAUAAAGAAAGUGGUGUGGAGGAAUUUCAUUGUUAACUCCUCUACUCUCUCCUCCUCUCCCCACUUAUUCAUCACCCUCCCACCACCCUCAUCAGCAGUGGAUAAUCCAAUUCCAAUAUAUACGACAGUCACACUCACAGUAUUUCCUACGAUUUCGAUUCCCAUUAUUUAGCAUUGCUAUGGGUGACCACCACUGGCCGUCACGCAACGGUGAGGAUGAGGAGGCUGAGGAAGAUCAGCUAGAGUACCAGUAUCAAUUUGGUCAGAAUGACAGCCUGAUCUUCCUGGUCGACUGUACAGAGUCGAUGUUUGAGCAGGUGGAUGAAGAGCAUGGCAGCCAUUUCAACCUUAGUAUAAAGUGCAUCAAGAACGUGAUGACGAACAAGAUAGUGGGCAGCAACCGCGAUCUCCUCGCUGUUGUAUUCUACGGAACCAGGGAGAGCAAGAAUUCGGGAGACUUCCGCAAUGUGUACGUGCUUCAGGAUCUCGAGCAGCCGGGAGCAGAGAGGGUGCUGCAGCUUGAGAGGCUGCUAGAGGGCGAGGACAACGACGGAUUCGCGAGCAAGUACGGCCGCAGCGACGACUACUCGCUCAGUGACGCCCUCUGGACUUGUUCGCUCAUGUUCUCGAAAGCGAACAAGGCAAAGAAGCUCGGCCACCAGCGCGUGAUGCUGUUCACGAACAACGACAAUCCACACGCCGGCGACAAACAGCUUCAGAUGCAGGCGGUGAGGAGAGCUGCGGACAUGCAGGAAAACCACGUGGACCUGGUGUUGAUGAACAUGCAAGCGCCGGGCGCACGCUUCGACCAGAGCAAGUUCUACCAGGAUGUGGUUUCCAUGCCGGAGGAUGAGGAUACGGGAUGCGUCGCCGACCCCGCGGAGAAAUUCGAGGAGCUACUUACGAGAGCUCUUACAAAGGAUCACAAGAAGCGAUCUGUGGGCCGCGUGAAGUUUCGUCUUGGACAGGGCGUCGAGAUGGGACUGAGCGUGUAUGGCCUGGUGGGACGCACGUCGAUACCGCCGCCCGUCAAGCUUUACAAGGACACCAACGAAGAAGUGAAGACAAUCACAAAGAGAUUCGUCGAGGAAACGGGAGAAAUCCUGCUACCGAGCGACAUGGCCAAGUACCAGGAGUGGUGUGGGAAGAAAAUCUGGAUGGAUCCGGACGAAGUGGAGUCGAUCAAGCGAUUCGACGCACCCGGUCUGACGUUGCUGGGGUUCAAGCCGCGGCGGAGGUUGAAGCGAUACCAUCACGUGAAGCCCUCGCAGUUCAUCUAUCCGGACGAGGCAGCGGUGCGUGGCAGCAGCCCGUCUCUUCGCUGCGCUCCUGCAGAAGUGCGAGGAGAGGACGUCGUCGCCGUGUGGCAGUACACGGCUCGACGGAACACCCGCACGAUUCGUCCACUGCUGCCUCAGAAAGAAGAGAUGGACGAACACAAGUAA